GCCCGGAUGUAGUUGGUGGAGCGGCAGCGGCGGCACCAGCGGCGGCGGCGGCGGCGGCGGCAGGAGGCGGAGGAGAAGGACCAGGCAGCGGCGGCGACGGGGGGAGGAGGGGAGGAGGCGGCGGAGCAGGAGGAGGAGAAGGCGGAGGAGGCGGUAGCUCUCCGCGGGGCUGAGCCGGACGCGUCUUCUUGCCCCCUCCCCCCGGUUCGCCGCUGCCGCCGUGUAGUUGGCGCCGCUGCCCGGGCUGAGAGUGAGCGUGGUGUCGGCGGAGGGAGAUGGCCCGGGAACGCCGGCGCCACUAACGGGGAGGUGCUGAGAGUCGCCGAGGGCGCGCCGGGCCCUGGUGCCGGUGCUGCCGCCCGCCCGCCGCCUGCGCGCCCGCCCGCCCGCCUCUCGCGGCCGCUCUCCCCCUCCCCCGACACACACUCACAGGCCGGGCAUUGAUGGUAAUGUAUGCGAGGAAACAGCAGAGACUCAGUGAUGGCUGUCACGACCGGAGGGGGGACUCGCAGCCUUACCAGGGGGGUGAUGUUUUACAGGCACUUAAGUAUUCAUCGAAGAGUCACCCCAGUAGUGGUGAUCACAGACAUGAAAAAAUGCGAGACGCCGCAGAUCCUUCACCACCAAAUAAAAUGUUGCGGAGAUCUGAUAGUCCUGAAAACAAAUAUAGUGACAGCACAGGUCACAGUAAGGCCAAAAAUGUGCAUAUUCACAGAGUUAGAGAGAGGGAUGGUGGGACCAGUUACUCUCCACAAGAAAAUUCACACAACCACAGUGCUCUUCAUAGUUCAAAUUCACAUUCUUCUAAUCCAAGCAAUAAUCCAAGCAAAACUUCAGACACACCUUAUGAUUCUGCAGAUGACUGGUCUGAGCAUAUUAGCUCUUCUGGGAAAAAAUACUACUACAAUUGUCGAACAGAAGUUUCACAAUGGGAAAAACCGAAAGAGUGGCUUGAAAGAGAACAGAGACAAAAAGAAGCAAACAAGAUGGCAGUUAAUAGCUUCCCAAAAGAUAGGGAUUACAGAAGGGAGGUGAUGCAAGCAACAGCCACUAGUGGGUUUGCCAGUGGAAUGGAAGACAAGCAUUCCAGUGAUGCCAGUAGUUUGCUCCCACAGAAUAUUUUGUCUCAAACAAGCAGACACAAUGACAGAGACUACAGACUGCCAAGAGCAGAGACUCACAGUAGUUCUACGCCAGUACAGCACCCCAUCAAACCAGUGGUUCAUCCAACUGCUACCCCAAGCACUCUUCCUUCUAGUCCAUUUACGCUACAGUCUGAUCACCAGCCAAAGAAAUCAUUUGAUGCUAAUGGAGCAUCUACUUUAUCAAAACUGCCUACACCCACAUCUUCUGUCCCUGCACAGAAAACAGAAAGAAAAGCCUUGUUAUCUCCUUUUUACCCAGAGUCUACGCCAGGAGACAAAUCUGUAUCACAUUCUUGCACAACUCCUUCCACAUCUUCUGCCUCUGGACUGAAUCCCACGUCCGCACCUCCAACAUCAGCUUCAGCAAUCCCGGUUUCUCCUGUUCCACAGUCCCCAAUACCUCCAUUACUCCAGGACCCAAACCUUCUUAGACAGUUGCUUCCUGCUUUGCAAGCCACACUGCAACUUAAUAAUUCUAAUGUGGACAUAUCCAAAAUAAAUGAAGUUCUUACAGCAGCUGUGACACAAGCCUCAUUGCAGUCUAUAAUUCAUAAGUUUCUUACUGCUGGACCAUCUGCUUUCAACAUAACUUCUUUGAUUUCUCAAGCUGCUCAGCUCUCUACACAAGCCCAGCCAUCUAAUCAGUCUCCAAUGUCUUUAACUUCUGAUGCAUCAUCCCCAAGAUCGUAUGUGUCUCCAAGAAUAAGCACACCUCAAACUAACACAGUCCCUAUCAAACCUUUGAUUAGUACUCCUCCUGUUUCAUCACAGCCAAAGGUUAGUACUCCAGUAGUUAAGCAAGGACCGGUUUCACAAUCGGCCACACAGCAGCCUGUAACUGCUGACAAGCAGCAAGGUCAUGAACCUGUCUCUCCUCGAAGUCUUCAGCGCUCAAAUAGCCAGAGAAGUCCAUCACCUGGUCCAAAUCAUACUUCUAGUAGUAAUGCAUCAAAUGCAACAGUUGUACCACAGAAUUCAUCUGCUCGACCUACAUGUUCAUUAACACCUACGCUAGCAGCACACUUCAAUGAAAAUCUCAUAAAACAUGUUCAAGGAUGGCCUGCAGAUCAUGCAGAGAAGCAGGCAUCAAGAUUGCGAGAAGAAGCCCAUAAUAUGGGAAGUGUUCACAUGUCAGAAAUUUGUACUGAAUUAAAAAAUUUAAGAUCUUUAGUCCGAGUAUGUGAAAUUCAAGCAACUUUGCGAGAGCAAAGGAUACUGUUUUUGAGACAACAAAUUAAGGAACUCGAAAAGCUAAAAAAUCAGAAUUCCUUCAUGGUGUGAAGAUGUGAAUAAUUGCACAUGGUUUUGCGUACAGGAACUGUAAAUCUCUAUUGCCCGAUCUUAACAUUUUUGAGCUGCAUUUAAGUAGACUUUGGACCGUUAAGCUGGGCAAAGGAAAUGACAAGGGGAUGGGGUCUGUGAGAGUCAAUUCAGGGGAAAGAUACAAGAUUGAUUUGUAAAACCCUUGAAAUGUAGAUUUCUUGUAGAUGUAUUCUUCACGUUGUAAAUAUGUUUUGUAGAGUGAAGCCAUGGGAAGCCAUGUGUAACAGAGCUUAGACAUCCAAAACUAAUCAAUGCUGAGGUGGCUAAAUACCUAGCCUUUUACAUGUAAACCUGUCUGCAAAAUUAGCUUUUUUAAAAAAAAAUUUUGGGGGGUUAAUUUAUCAUUCAGAAAUCUUGCAUUUUCAAAAAUUCAGUGCAAGCGCCAGGCGAUCUGUGUCUAAGGAUACGAUUUUGAACCAUAUGGGCAGUGUACAAAAUAUCAUGAAACAACUGUUUCCACACUUGCACCUGAUCAAGAGCAGUGCUUCUCCAUUUGUUUUGCAGAGAAAUGUUUUUCAUUUCCUCAGUGUGUUCCAUUUCCCUCUGAAAUCCUCGAUCUGAUUUUAUCCAUUUUUUUUUUAAGGCUCCUCUUUUUCUCCUUUCUUAAGGCACUGUUGCUAUGGCACUUUUCUAUAACCUUUUCAUUCCCGUGUACAGUAGCUUAAAAUUGCAGUGAUUGAGCAUAACCCACUUGUUUGUAUAAAUUAUUGAAAUCCAUUUGCACCCUGUAAGAAUGGACUUAAAAGUACUGCUGGGCAUGUGUGCUGAAAGUACAUUGAUUGCUCAACUAGAAAGAAAUGGCCCAAUGAACAUGGUUGUGGGAGGGGAAAGAGGAAACAGAGCUAGUCAGAUGUGAAUUGUAUCUGUUGUAAUAAACAUGUUAAAACAAACAAAAAUUGUUAUUUUUCUUUUCCUUCGGUCAAUGCAUAUUAGAAAUUGAACUACCUGGGGAUUCUUUAUCAGAACUAUUCUUGUUGAAUAUUUAUACUUAAUUGAAAUAAUUCCUUAAGGGAGGUUUUGUUUAAAGCAUAUUAACAGGAAAUUGUGUAUAAGAUAUUUAAUGAACUAAGAAAUUCAACAAGAAUGAUUAAGUCACUUCCCAAGUGGUUGUCAUUUGUUAUAAACCCUGGUUUAACCUGUCUUGCUAUUAUGACAUUUCAUUUUGAAGGAUGUUUGUGUUGUAGCUAACUGUUCAAGUCUGGUGCUGACUGCUGUUCUUAGCCAUCACAAAACGCUAAAUUUGUGUCAUUGGAGCUUCCUUCUGUUACCUGGAAAUGGUGGGAAAGCUCAGCUUUGUAUAUUGUUUCCUAAAGUAUAUUAAAAUAAAAAAAGAAACUAUUGCUACUAUAAAAUUACCUUGGCUUUUUUUUUUUUCUUUUCUAAAAUAUUGGUCACAUGGCCUUAGCAUGACACUGCCAGUAUUCUAUCAAAUCACAAGGGUUUCUUUAUGCAGAAAAUUUAAUUUAAAUUUCAAAAAUCUUAACCGAUUUAGAGACUUUUUUCCUAUUGAGGCAGAUGUAUUUAUGUGCUUUCAGAACUGCCAGCACCAAGGGCUUAUUUUGUGAUGUUAGACAUGUUGUUGCAUUCUGGGAUACGAAAAUUCCAAAAUUGCUCUUGUGCUUCAAGCAUAUUUAAAGUAUAGAAGAUAAUGCUCAAACCUUUCAGUAAACUUUAAAAAAGUAAACUGUAAGUGAUAGUAUGGAUGAUACUUUCUAAAAUACAUAAAUGUUCCAGUGUAAUUAAGAGGAAUCACAGUCUUCUACUGGAAACUGAUUUUUUUUUGUUGUUGUUGUAACUUGAGCUUCCUUUUAAAAAUGUAAGAAAAGACGACUGUCAAAAUCUAUCCUCAUGGAAUGUUCAUACCUGUAAGAUUGUUAACAUUUGCUGGGCUUGAUUAGUGCAUGUAAAUGAAACUCCAAAGGGCAAUGUUAAGCGAGAACUCUUAACUGAUGGAGUCCUGUAUCUUUCCUGGAAAGAAGUGAGCAGUUUGUGAUGUAGUAGGCAAAUGUUUCCUGGUCAGAUGGCAACUUGACUUGUGGUUUAAGGUAAAUUGGAAUUUUAUUUGCUAAUAGUUUAUGGAUCUAUGUCACCUUAUUCAUUUGCUUUGAAAAAAUGUUUACAUCCCUAAAUGAAUUGCUCACAUAUAUAUAUAUAGGAGAAGAUGCCUAAUAUGAAAUUUCCUGGUGAAUUUUUAAACAAUUAAAAUUUUUGUGGAAAUAUUUUUACAAUAUUUGAUUCACUUAUUAUUCUGUAGUAAAUUAUCUCAAUCAUUGCGUUUAAUACAUUGUGUCCAGCUACAAACCUUCUUGAGAUAACCAGGGAGUAUUUCUUAAGAUAGGCAUGAUACCCAAGAAUAUUCUUCAUACAGUCGGCCUGUUGCCAUGGCUUGGAACACGUAUCUCAUUUUGAUGGGCACCUUGGCUGAGAUUAUUUGAAAAUAAGAAUGCAAAGAGUCCCUAGGAAACCUCAGGGUUUUUAUUUUAAAAGGACAUUAGCAGUCUUCUAUUCAAACCUUAAAAACUGGUGUCGUAAUAAAACGUAUUUUGUGAAGGUGAGUCUGUUAGGAAGUCUUUACCCUGAAGAACCAGAUUUCCUACUUUUACAUUGUUUUCUGUUUAGCUAGUUUGACUAAUUUUUCACUUUAAACCUUGGACUAUGACUCCAGAUUUUAAGCACACUGAAAACUCCAUUCUUCAGCUCUUUUUAAAGACCUGAUGCUUCUUUUAAUAACCCAAACGAAUGGUUUUAUCUUCUCAAUUUUAUAUACAUUUCACACUUCUGAAACCUUGGAAAGGAGGUGCUUAAAACUUUGCAAAGUGAAUUGUUAUCCCAUUUCCAACAAUCUAUUGUUUAAACAUAACUAGCUUUAAGGGAUUAUUUCAAAGGGGGGGCACAAAGUAAUUUAUUCUGCAAACCGGAACUAUUGUAGUUGAGGACUUAAAGCUACUGUAUUUAGAUGUGGGUUUUGAAUAUACGGAUUUCUUUUCAAUACCUGUAUAUAUGGCUAUAUUCUUGUAUUUGUACUGAAGUGUACAAAAUGACACUUAAAGUAAUAAAUAUGUUUUGACUAUA